AAAAUCUCAAUUAUUAAAUCGCAAAUUAAUGAUUGGUUUUCAUCAGUUAAUAGAACUUGCUGAUGAGAUCAAGACUCCGUAAAAGAUUGUCUCUGUAAAACGCAACACCAUGCCUCUGUUUGAGCUUUUCAGGCUCACCCACGCUAAGCUCGAAUCUGCUCAAGACAACAACCCUUCUCCACCUGUAGAUGAAGUUGUGGAACUAGUGUGGGAAAAUGGUCAGAUUUCGACUCAGAGUCAGUCAAGUAGAUCGAGGAACAUUCCUCCACCACAAGCUGAUCAUCAAGCAAACUCUUCUAGAGCUAGAGAGAUUGGAACUGGCUCAAAGGCAACGAUGGUGGAUGAGAUCCCUAUGUCAGUGCCAUCACUAAUGACGGGUUUGAGUCAAGAUGAUGACUUUGUUCCAUGGUUGAAUCAUCAUCCAUCCCUCGAUGGAUAUUGUUCUGAUUUCUUGCGUGAUGUGUCUCCUGUUACUGUCAACGAGCAAGAGAGCGAUAUGGCGGUAAAUCAAACUGUUUUCCCAUUGUUUCAGAGAAGAAACGAUGGCAAUGAAUCAGCUCCUGCUGCUUCUUCAUCGCAGUGUAACGGUUUCCAAUCGCAUUCUAUGUAUGGAAGUGAUAGAGCUAGGGAUCCUGCUAGCCUACAAGCCAAACCGGAUCGAUUUACUCAGACGCAGGAACCACUAAUCCCUAGUAACAAGCCCAGUUUGGUCAACUUUUCGCAUUUCUUACGCCCUGCAACUUUGGCUAAGACUAAUAAUAACCCACAUGGAAGUAAAGAGAAGAGUCCUCAAAGCCCACCGAAUGUGUUUCAGACCAGAGUUCUUGGAGCUAAGGACUCUGAAGAUAAGGUUCUUAACGAGUCUGUUGCUUCUGCUAUGCCCAAGGAUAACCAAAAGGCUUGCCUAAUUUCAGAGGACUCAUGUAGAAAAGACCAAGAGAGUGAAAAGGCAGUUGUGUGUUCUUCUGUUGGCUCGGGUAAUAGUCUCGAUGGCCCAUCCGAAAGUCCUUCACUUUCUUUAAAGAGAAAGCAUUCAGAUGUUCAAGACAUUGACUGUCAUAGUGAAGAUGUUGAAGAAGAAUCGGGAGAUGGACGAAAGGAAGCAGGUCCUUCUCGAACGGGUUUGGGUUCAAAGAGAAGCCGCUCUGCAGAAGUGCAUAACCUGUCUGAAAGGAGACGGCGUGAUAGGAUCAACGAGAAGAUGCGUGCCCUGCAAGAACUCAUUCCAAACUGCAACAAGGUGGACAAAGCUUCGAUGCUAGAUGAAGCCAUCGAGUAUCUCAAGUCACUCCAACUUCAAGUACAGAUUAUGUCGAUGGCGUCUGGUUACUACAUGCCACCGGUUAUGUUCCCACCUGGUAUGGGGCACUACCCGGCUGCAGCUGCUGCAAUGGCAAUGGGCAUGGGAAUGCCUUAUGCAAUGGGCUUGCCUGAUUUGAGCCGUGGUGGUUCAUCGGUUAACCACGGACCACAGUUCCAAGUCUCGGGGAUGCAACAACCAGUGGCGAUGGCGAUUCCACGUGUCUCUGGUGGUGGUUUCUUUGCAGGGUCUUCAACGAUGGAGAUGAAUAAGAGCGACAAUGGUUCGACUAGAGACUUAUCGGGUUCUAAAGAUCAAACAGCGACGAAUAACAACAGUAACUUGAAACCAAUAAAGAGAAAACAGGCGUCUUCUGAUCAGUUUUGUGGAUCGUCAUGACAUAAAAAGACAAACUUAAGAACUGAUGUAUUGUUUAUCUUGUAGCAUUCAAACAAAUCAAUUCUAAAACCCAAAACUUCAAUAAAAUUAAUUUGUCUUC